AUGGCUCAGAGAGGAGUUCAGAUGGAGAAAAUCUCCUGUCCAAUCUGCAUGGAUCUACUGAAGGAUCCAGUGACUAUUCCCUGUGGACACAGCUACUGUAUGAACUGUAUUAAAACCAACUGGGAAGGAGAGGACUAUAAAAGACUCUACAGCUGCCCUCAGUGCAGGAAAACCUUCAAACCGAGGCCCAUCCUGGAGAAGAACAUUAUGUUGGCUGAGUUGGUGAAGGAAAUGAAGGAGACUGGGCACCAGACUGCUACUGCUGAUCACUGCUAUGCUGGACCUGAAGAUGUGGCCUGUGAUGUCUGCACUGGGAGGAAGAUGAAAGCUGUCAAGUCCUGUCUGGUCUGUUUGGCAUCUUAUUGUGAAGAAGAUCUCAAACCUCAUUAUAUUGCUCCCCCUUUAAAGAAACAUAAGCUGGUGGACCCCUCUAAGAAGCUCCAGGAUAACAUCUCUUCCCAUCAUGAUGAGGUAAUGAAGAUGUUUAUGGGUGGUCAAGAGACUGUUUCACCAGAAGCAGAAAGGACUGAGAAGCAGACGGAGCUCCAGGUGAGUCGACAACAAAUCCAGCACAGAAUCCAGGACCAAGAGAAAGAUCUGAAGCUGCUUCAACAGGAGGUGGAGGCCACCAAUGUCUCUGCUGAUAAAGCAGUGGAGGACAGUGAGAAGAUCUUCACUGAGCUGAUCCAUCUCAUCCAGAAAAGAAGCUCUGAUGUGAAGCAGCAGAUCAGAUCUCAGCAGGAAACUGAAGUGAGUCGAGUCAAAGAUCUUCAGGAGAAGCUGGAGCAGAAGAUCACUGAGCUGAAGAGAAAAGAUGCUGAACUGGAGCAGCUCUCAAAGACAGAGGAUCACAACCAGUUUCUCCACAACUACCCCUCACUGUCAGCACUCAGUGAGUCUACACACUCAUCCAGCAUCAAUAUUCAUCCUCUGAGAUACUUUGAGGAUGUGACAGCAGCUGUGUCAGAGCUCAGAGAUAAACUACAGGACCUCCUGAGAGACAGAGGGACAAACGUCUCACUGGCAGUCACUGAGGUGGAGGUUAUACGGUCAGAACCAGAACCAAAGACCAGAGUGGAAUUCUUAGAAUAUUCACAAGAAAUCACUCUGGAUCCAAACACAACAAACAGGAAGUUGUUAUUAUCUGAGGGGAACAGAAAAGUAACAAGAAUGAACCAACAACAAUCUUAUCCUGAUCAUCCAGACAGAUUCACUUAUUGUCAUCAGGUCCUGAGUAGAGAGAGUCUGACUGGACGUUGCUACUGGGAGGUGGAGAGGAGAGGAAGAGGAGUUUAUGUAGCAGUGUCAUACAAAAAUGUCGGCAGUGCAGAAUGGUUUGGAUUCAAUGACAAAUCUUGGUCAUUAUAUUGUUACACAAAUAGUUAUACAUUCCAUCACAACAACACUGGAAUUUCAGUAUCAGGUCCAGUUUCCUCCAGACUAGGAGUGUAUCUGGACCACAGAGCAGGUGUUCUGUCUUUCUACAACGUCUCUGAAACCAUGACUCUCCUCAACAGAGUCCAGACCACAUUCACUCAGCCUCUACAUGCUGGGAUUGGAUUUUACUCCUCUUUUUGUUCUAGUAUAGACUCUGCUGAGUUCAUUAAACUGAAAUAGUCAGAACUGAUCUGAGGUCCAGUUGGUUAAAAUGUUUAUUUUAGUUCCAGUUUCUUUAGUCUCCAUCAUUAUUGCUGAGAGCUCAUUGUUGUGUCAUG